AUGGCGCUGAUGAUCGACGACCUCAACUUCUCCACGGAGAAACUAGCGAAAGAAGGAAGCAGUCAGGAUUUUUAUGACAUCAUGUUAUCAAAUCCAACUUCUAUGUCUUUAGAAGUGUCCCGUGCUAGUACUCGGCCAUCCUCAGCCCCCCCCUUCUCCUCCUCCUUUCCUUCAUCCCUCCGAUCUGGAUCGAGAGCGUGGCUGCGUUGGCUUGCUAGCGAAACGAUACCGAAAGUGCAAAGAGCUAUUUGAGGGAUUCAUAUCCUUACUCGGGAAAAGCCACUUCUUCUCACGCAGAAAGACCACGCUAUACACCGUCCUAGCUUCUUUGUACAUCAAGGAACUGGAAAAGGGUCUCAGGUACUAUACAUAGAAAUAGAUACUUUUGCUUUUUAGCUUCGUCUCAGGUACUCCUAUUGAUACUUUUUUCACUUUUGGCGUCUUGUUACUUUUUUCAAAACAAAGUGCAUUACGAUUACUUUUUUAUCUCUCUCGCCCAGUUAAUCUAAGAAGAUCCACGGACUACAACCGUCAAAUCCUACUUCACACAGCUCUCGCGAACCAAGACUUGUGAGAAUCGAUGCGAGAGUGCUGAAUCUGGAUCGUGGUAUUCUCAUUUUGCUCAAGUCACUCGCGGAUUUGUUACGGCAGAUGGAUAUGCAUCGAAGCCGCGGACACUGAGGGAAAAUACAAGCGCAUUUGAAUGAGCAAGAGCAUUACAUUAUUAUAUCCAGUAGUGACAGUGUGUGAGUUAUAUCACAUUACAGUCCUAAGCUACCUAAUCAUGUGUAGACUAUGACAGUAAGACGAGUUACCGUAUAUUCUUUCACCGUCUGACCCUGAGGGUAUUCCUCAAAUCUACAUACGCGACAUGUUAGAGUAAAAUACUUAAAAACAAGUAAAUGAAUCCUUGAGAAGGUCAACAUACCAGUUGUAAAUGAAUACCAUAAAGGAGCGAGUUUGUGAACAAUAACAAUGAUGCCUCAUCAUACAUACUGUUUUUAUUUUGAAGAAACACAUAGAUACUACUACUUACUAUUAAAGCAAUCACAUUAUCCUUGGUCACAAUUGGUAGCGGACAGCGGCAAAACUUGAACUUGAGUAGCUGCACUGGGGCAAAUUUUGCCCCUGCCUGCCUAGUGUGUUCCAGACUGCCGCAGAGAGUCAGUAUCAGUUGUAUUCAUAACCAUCGCAUAGCAUUGGUACUACAACUUCUGUAUAUCACCGAUAAAAGAAAUCAAGCAAUUGUUCUAACCAUAUCUUAUAUCAUUGACUUAACAAGUGAAAAAGAAAACGAAAAGCAGCAGAAGUAUAAGCCCUUAUAUCUUCGAACAAGACCAAACCUAGUAAGCCAAGUAAAAACUGGAGUGGAGAAUGUCGAAUUAGAGACGAUACACCUUCUUUAACCUUCCCGACCGUGUUGAAGCAUAUGAUCAAUGUGACGCCGAGCAGAUCUACGCCUUAAAUCUCGUGACGUCGGUGCACCUGGCACUCUGACCCGAUCGUAGGCAAGAAUUGCUGCACC